AUGAAGGAAGCAGGCGCGCUCGCUAUAUUCACAGAAUUUACCGGCGCAGUUGUCUUGGGAGGUGAAGUCACACAGACCAUUAAGAGCGGUAUCGUCAAUGUCACGUACUUUAACGACAAUCCCGAAACACUCGUCCUUGCCAUGGGAUGUGUCGAGUUUGGUAGCGCUGCAUGGCUCACGAUCGCGACAAGUUUUGGAAUUCCGGUGUCAACUACUCAGACUGUGGUUGGAUCUCUUGCUGGUGUUGGCUUUGCUUCUGGUGCGCCUGUGAAUUGGAGUUGGAAGAAAAAGGGCUUGUCCACGAUUGCUGCCGCAUGGGUUAUUUCACCAGCCAGUGCAUGCGUUCUUGCGCUGGUCAUAAGCGGCGUGAUGGGACUCGCCUUUUUGAGCAGGAAAACCCCGUUCAGGAUUGCACUCCAUCUUAUGCCAUGGUGCAUUGCUUCGACAGCUACCCUUUUCCCAGUGUUUUUCAUUGUGGAAUCACUUAGACAUAAGUCAGCAGAGGAGUUCGGCGUUAGCAAGAUCAUCGGCGCAAUUCUGGGAACAUUCUUCGCGUCCCUUGCACUGUCGUAUACUUUUGGCGUACCUUACCACCGACGGUCUUUAAUUAUCCAAGAUCCACGGCUUCGACUUAUCCACCUGCCCAUGGGGCCGCUUCUUCUCCUCGAGAACCCACCAUAUUACUUUCCAUCUAAAGAGGAAACUUCGCAUGCUGGUUCGUUACAGCAACAAACCUCUCAAGAUGGAUCUCCUUCGUUAUCUGUCGUGAAAGAUCCGGAGGAGGAAGAGCCACGUCCUAUUCCGCUAACACGCAUGUCACCUCGACACCAUGGUGACCCACCAUCAGAGCGAGUGGAUCUGUAG